UAUAUGUUAUCGGUCACACAGAUACGCACAUUUCAUCGUAAAAUGCACUUUCUAAGCCAAUUUUUCGAAAUUAUUAAGAUUUCUAAUCAACUAAACAACUAAACGGCCAAAAUGCAAGAGCUCAAGCAAUGUUUUGAGCGUCGCCAGCUAGUGGACGAGUUGAAGCAGAAACAGGUUAUACAGGACUGCCUGCUGCAGAAGAUCCUCUACUCAAAGCGCCUGCUGGUCGACCAUGUCGAGGCGCUCGAGCAAUGCAUACAGGACCUGCAGUCGUUGGCGGCCACCCGGCCCGGCCGGCAGCUUCUGAGCACGCGGAAUGCCUGCCUGCUGCUGGGUGGCACUCUGCUGGAGCACUUCGUGACACCGCGCCGGCUGCGUCUGACGAUGCUGCCCACCAUCCUGGUCACGGGCACCUUUACAGCGCUGUAUGCCGUCAAGAGCGUUUUUGUGUGCCGCAACAAGAUGGUGGAGCGCAAGCUGGAGCAGCUCGUGCGAACCAUCGAUGAGUUUGGCAAUUGCAUCCGCCGCAACAUGACGUACUUUCAGGAGAUAAUCAUCAUGAAGCAGGCCGAACUUAUAGAAUCGCGACAGAUAGAACGUGCCUGGGAUUGCAUAACGGCGGCCAAGGAGGUGACCGAAAUACUCUACGAUGCGACGCGCAAGCUGGAGACGGACUACCCGCUGCCCGCCAAAUAUGGCUCCUACUACGCACCCAUGGAGGAGCUGCGAGAGUGCGAAUACUUCAAGAACAAUGUGACGGACUACAGUCCGAAGCACAUAAAGGAUUUCCACAACAUUUUUGCCUAUGUGCAGUCGCAAUAUCUGCUCCGCCUCGCGCUGACCAUCACGACGCGGCCAUCGAUCUCGCAGCUGAGCGAGGAAUUGGUGAAAAUCGAUUGCCUGAUGCGACAGUUGGUCCUUGAGGAGGAGCAGCACUUCGGCAACCUGGCCAUUGCCAUGCAGAACCGGAAACAACUGGAGCUGGCGGAGCUGCAUGCGGCCAAGACAGAGCAACAGCGAAGCGGUCCCAUUGCCGUGCUGCAGCACUCCUCGCUGAAGCUGAGUGCGUGCAUGGUGGCCGUGGCCGGUGAGUGCCAGGCACUGGAUAUUACGCUGCAGCAGCUAACCGCCACGGAGGCGGCGCACAAGAACAACGCCAAAGCACUGGUGGCUGUGUCCAGCAGCAUGCACGGCAUUGAGAAUGCGCUGGCCGUCUGCUGUGAUGAUUUCCAACGCCUGAUGCUGGUCUAUAACAAGUUUCUGCACAGCAAACUGGAUGAGGAGUCAGAGGCGCCCAAGGCAGUAGGCGCUACGAGGCAGGACGACGAAUUUCCCGACAGUAUUUUGCGCGUUGAAGUCUCGCAGAGUGCGGGCGAGACGCAGCAGAAGGAUGACUUCUAUGCGUACAUGUACGAUGAGAAUGAGGCACAGCAGCACGAGCCGGAAGCCCCGCAGACGCCCGAGAAGGAGCUGCUCAACUUUGAGAAGCGCAUCACGAAGGGCAGGUUCAAGCCGGUGCUGAAGCAGCUCAAGGAUCGCAUCGAUCCCAUACGCAAAGUGAUGUUGGAGAAGGAGCGCGAGGUACUCAACGCCAAGGGCAUCAAUGUGGACGAGCUCUUUGGCGUCAUCAUGGCAGACAAUCGACAGGCGGAAGCCGCAUCUCCCGCACAGCUCAGCAAUUGUGAUGGCUCUGGCAGCGGCUCCGAGUCGGACUCUGCCGACGAGCGUGACCUCAGGCAGCGCAGCAAGCAGCACAAGGAGCGUGACAACUUUGCCGAGAUGCGUCAGUUUUUGGCCGAAAAGCAGGCCAUCAAUCUGUUUGCCACCCAGCUGCCACGUCCCCCCAUCGCUGUCGAGGAGGAACUGCUGGAGAGCGAGUGCUAGAAAUGCCCCACACACUAUCUCACUAUCACACGCAUGCGGCACUAUCUAGUUAAGCUUUUAUCUUUUAUCUAAGCAAUAUUGUGAGAUAAGCAGCGUGCCGCGUGCCUAACCCUACCUCCAUCCUGCCGUUCAGUUUGUUCCUCGGUUUUUGCGUAGAAUCCAUUGCUGUAAAAAGACACGCAAAUAAUAAACUUUUGUAAGUAGCUAAAAGUGCAUUAAC